AUGGCGAUAAGUCAAAACAUAGAAAAUUGCGACGACCAGUUUGGUCCUCGAGUCAAUAUAGCCUGUCGUUCUUUCGACUUCACACUCUUGUUCGAAGAUGCUUUCUUCAUUGCGCUGCCAGCAACGCUCUUUCUGCUACUGUUUCCGCUGCGCCUCCGAGCGCUUCGUCAAUCACCUGUAAAGGUCGAUUCGUAUCGACUGGCAACCUGGAAAUUGGGCGUACUGGCGGUGCUUUUCAUCUGCCAUUUAUUAUUUCUUGCAUUCAGCGUGAGAUCGUCUCGACUGUACACGAAACUCUCGCUCUCAUCAGAAAUUCUCAAUGUUAUUUCGGUCGCAGUUGCAAUAAUACACUCAUUGCUGGAGGACCAACGAUCGCUGUGUCCGUCAGAUCUGCUGGUUCUAUACUUCUCUGCAUUCACCAUUUUUUCAAUCCCCCGGUUACGUUCACUCUGGCUCAUUGAUGCCGAUCCUGGCCCUAAAAUUAUAUGGACCAUCAUUUUCACAACAAAUGUGCUCGCAGUUAUUAUUGAGUCGGUAAAUAAGACAAAUAUUCUACAACCUCAUUAUCAAAGCAGCACCCCAGAGCAAACUGCUGGCUUUUGGAGUCGGAGCUUUUUCAUUUGGGUGCUUCCGUUCUUCCAUACUGGCUACACAAAGCAUUUGCAGUUAACAGACAUCCCGAACAUAGAUAAAGACAUCGAAGAACAAUUGACUUUCACAUAUUUAGAUUCAGCAUGGAUUCGUACUCAUGGCCAGCAUCGCUUACUUCGUGCAGCCUUUGCUGCAUACCGAUGGUCUUUUUUGUCUGCAAUUCCACCACGUUUAGCAUUGUCUGCUUUUACAUUAUGCCAGCCCUUUCUAAUUGAUUCGACAGUCUCGAAUUUAAGCUCAUCAUCAGACGAGAACCAAAAGGUGUAUGGGCGGGCUCUUGUCGGCGGUUUCGUUCUUGUCUAUCUAGGUAUCGCAAUAUCCCGGGCAGUAUAUUGGCGUCAAACAUAUCGAAUGAUAGCCAAAAUACGGUCUGGUCUGACCGCCAAGAUAUACCGGCAUAUGAGCAUUCUUCCAGGACGUGACCUGAAAGAUUCGGAAGCUGUCACUCUGAUGGGAACAGAUGUGGAGCGAAUCGUUGAUUCUUUGACAUACGUUCACGAACUAUGGGCAUCCAUUGUCGAAGUUGGCAUCGCAACGUGGCUCUUGGUGCGCCAGGUUUCUUUUGCAUCUCUGAUGCCAUUGCUUGUUGGAAUUAUGUCUGUAAUAGGAGCAUCAUAUAUUGCCGCGCGUUUUGGCCCUGCCCAAAGAGCAUGGACAGAGCGCGUUCAGAAGAGAAUUGCUGUGACCAUCAACAUGCUAAGGCAUAUUGACUGUGUGAAGAUGCUUAACUUGUCCGGAGUACUUUCUGAAACAAUCGAGGAAUUGCGGUCCCUGGAACUUCGUACUUCUGAGAAAUUUCGCGCCCUGAGGAUAUUGGGAAUCCUAGUUUCAAAUACUCCCACAACCCUCGCCCCAUUCCUGACCUUUGCUGUUUAUGCCAUCAUAAUGGCUGUGAGGAAAGACGAGCCAUUGUUACUGGCACAGGCGUUUGCAUCACUAUCUUUGAUAAACCUGUUAACAGACCCAGUACUUCUCUUCUGUCAAUCACUGCCGUCGUUCUUUCAAGCAGUUUCCUGUUUUCGUCGGAUUGAAGAGUUUUGCUUGAAAGAGCCAGCGGCUUUAGCAUCUCAGGAAGCGGAAUUAGUAGAGUCUGGCCAUGAACUUACAAACUUGAGAAAUACAAAGUCACACGGAACGUUGAUAUCUUUUCAACAUGCUGACAUCGCCUGGUCUUCUGAUUCAACAGAACCGGUCUUACGGGAUCUAACAUUAACUAUCAAUGCAGGCUUCACUGCUAUAGUAGGACCUAUUGCUUCUGGAAAGUCCACCAUCUUAGAAAGCAUAAUCGGUGAAACGAUCGUGCUGCGAGGCUCCAUGCGAUCGAGUAUUUCCAGUGGAAUUGCAUUCUGUCCCCAGCCCUCUUGGCUUAUGAACACAACAAUACGACAAAAUAUCACUGGAGAUACAGAUAUAGUUGACCAGAAAUGGUAUGAAUUUUGCGUAUCUGUUUGUUGUUUGAAGCAUGAUCUGCAGCAAAUGCCUCGGGGAGAUCUUUCAAUGGCUGGAAGCAAUGGUUCGUCAUUGAGUGGAGGACAGCAGCAAAGAGUGGCACUAGCCCGAGCUGUUUAUUCCAGACAUCCGAUAGUCAUCUUAGACGAAGUCAUGAGCGGGUUGGAUCCUAUGACUACUAGUGACAUAAUAUCUGGGCUAUUCAGCCAGCAGGGGUAUUUUAGGAAGGCUGGAAUAACUGUUAUAAUUGUCACUCACAAUGAGCUCAUUCUUCCUCAUAUGGACACUAUAAUCGCCAUUAAAUCCGGCAGCGUUCUCUUUUCUGGCCCAUACAGCGACAUGGUAGGACGGCAACAAAACUUUGGUGGAUUAAAAGUCUCGUCUCUUGGCACAGAAAUUCUUCGUUCGGCUGUUCAGAGCGACUAUAAUCAAUCAUCAAAUAACGAGGUGAUAAGUAAACAAUCAACACCUAAUAGUCAGGCUGAAACUAGUCUUAGAGAGUCUGUCCCUCAAAAGCGAAAAGGAAACUGGUAUUCCUAUAUCUACUAUGCCCGCAGUGCCAGGUCCAUGAAUCUAUUUCUAUGGGCAUUCUUCACUCUUGUUGGUGCAGUUACCACGAGCUAUACAAAUAUAUGGAUCGAAAAAUGGACGGACGCAAAUCAAAAACAGCCCAAUAUACAGCUUGGUUUCUACCUAGGCAUUUAUACCAUGCUCGUUGUGUUGGCAAAUGUGAGCAUUCUCGGGGAAUGCUGGGUUUUCUUUAUAAAGGUCAUCAAUAACACGGCAUUGAAGAUGCAUUCCGACCUCCUGAAAGUGACGAUGAGAGCCCCAUUUCAAUUCUUUCAAAAGACAGAUGUUGGUUCAAUUAUAAAUAGGUAUCUAGGCUUGUCAUAUUCUUUAAUCAUCCUAUGCAUCCUCGGAAAAUACCUUACCGCCACCGUCCCCAUUCUCAUUGCAGUCCUAUUCCUUGUCCAAAGGUACUACUUACGCACCUCCCGACGACUCCGUUUAAUAGACAUCGAAGUUAAAGCUCCUCUUUACAACCUAUUUGUAAACCUCGACUGCGACUCAUUCUACUUAAAACACGGAGAAACAUUAAAUCAAGCACAGAGGCCGUUUUAUAUGCUGUUCUGCGUUCAGCAAUGGCUUCAGCUUGUCCUUGAUCUAGUUAUUGGUGCAUUAGCUGUUCUCCUCGUCGUGUUUGCAACCUCUGUUACUAGUAACGUCAGUGCUGGAAGUAUUGGCGUUGCGCUCGUUCUGAUUUUACAAUUUAAUUCGGUUCUUACUCAAACUAUUCAAGCUUGGACUAGGCUGGAGACUACAAUUGGUGCAGUGACUCGCGUUCAGGAGUUUAUUUAUGAGACGCCAUCGGAUCCAACUUGCCCUCAUGACCCGUCAUUGAAUUGGCCAGAAAAGGGAGGGAUUCGUUUUCAUCAUGUCACUGCUUGCCAUGAUCCUGAUACCCCGCCAAUCCUACAAGAUGUGAACUUAACAGUUAACCCUCGAGAGAAAAUUGCUCUCUGUGGUUCCACAGGAAGCGGCAAAACAUCAUUAAUCAUGACACUCCUACGCAUGAUGGACGUGGUCGAAGGACAGAUAACCAUAGACGAAAUGGAUAUAUCCCUCUUUCAAGGCGAGCAAGUCCGCUCUCGCAUCAACGUCAUUUCUCAACAACCAUUCUUCCUUCGCGGCACACUCAAAUUCAAUCUAGACCCGCGAAACCUGGCUAGCAACGAAGCUAUCGAGACGGCACUUCGCAGAGUCGGUCUAUGGGAGAAACUCGUUACCCCCGGUACGCAACAGUUUACCAUUGACCAUACUGAAAGUAGGCGCGUAAUCGAUCAAGAGUUCAUUUCGACAGAAUGGUCUCACGGUGAAAGACAACUUUUCUGUCUGGCAAGAGCCUUGCUCAAAUCAGAUUGCAGAAUACUGAUUCUCGACGAGGCUACGAGUGGUGUUGAUGCGCGAACUGAGGCUAUUAUGCAAGAGAUAAUUGAUACUGAGUUCCGUGAUUGGACUGUGAUAUCGGUCCUGCAUCGGUUUACAUAUAUUACAAGUUUUGAUAAAGUUGCUGUUUUGAGACGAGGUAAGCUUGUGGAGUGCGAUAGUCCACAGGUCUUGCUUGGAAGAGAGUCGGCUUUCGGAGCAUUGUAUCAUGGAGUAUAG